AUGCCGAGUCUCCUGCGGCGGAGUCUUACCUGUUUCUACUGCGGAACAAAAUCUAACCUCAGAUUUGAUGGCAAGAUCAGGAAGUUCCGCUGUCAAAGUUGCGAGGCGGUAAAUUAUCUGGACGAGAAAGGCCAAAUUACAGAUCCUCCGACGAAUGGAACUCCGCAGAAUACGCAUUAUGCCAUUCAGGUACCGCGUCCGAGGUCCCCUGAGCUGGACGCGCAAGACACCUCCCUGUUCUGCUCGACUUGCUUGAAGAACCAAUAUCUCGUCACCCAGGCACUCGCAUCAUAUCUACCCUCGACGGAUGAUCCUCAAUAUGCGGAGUUCGAAGCAUCGCACCCGGAAUACAAGGCGCAGCUAGAGGAGCGCUAUCCCCAAGUAUGCGCCAAAUGCGAGCCACGAGUACGCAGGCGCAUCCAGACUGCCCAGUAUGCUGCUCGGUCGGAUCACCUCCGACGAGUCAUGGAGCGGAAUAGAGGUAGUUCAGGAACAUACACUACUCCUACUACUUCGGGAGGUUCAUGGAAAGGCGGUCUCGUCAAUCUUUGCGGGUUGAUAUGGUGGUCCAGCGCCUUGGUCCAGAUUGUCUGGCACUUGUCGACCUUCUUGGUUGAUUGGGAGGGCUCAGCACCCACUGUAGACGUACGACCGGAAGCAGGAACUUGUCUCCAGAAUGCAAUUACGACCGCCGCCCUUGACUAUGGGUGUUUCGACUCCGUCCACAGGGGUGCAAUACAUGCGCUCAUGCUUGGAAUCCUCGUCAUCUGGUGGAGUCCGGCGUUGAAUGUGAAGUUGAGAACAUCUAGGGCCCACCUUAUGCGCGUAGGACAACAUAUAUUCAUGCAAGCAGUCGUGCUAGCUAUCCGGUCGGUGGCUUGGUGGACUCUGGCAUAUCCAACAGUGCUUGGACUUACCCUCCCUGCGUUUCGCGGCGCACACGCGUUCAUGGUCCUUUUCAUCAUCAUUGGGAUGUAUCUUGGGUAUACCGUCAUGUAUCUCCAGAAGCCGCCUCCGAUCAAAUUCAGCACCAACAUAGAACCCCUGCUUCCAGAAAGAAGCCAGGACAAGCCUGAGGUGGCAUCCGAGCUCAAUCAUCUCGAGUCAUUAUACCUUAAUAAAUCUCCGAUGCGCUUCGGAUCGAGCGAGACCGGACAAUCAGCUUUUCCUAUUGAAAAUCUGGGAUCUCCGAUUACACCCUCUCUGGAUCGCCAAAGUGCUCGGACACCAUCCAUAUACGCCAACACUGAAGCGGGUGCAUCAGAUGACGACACCGAAACCACCGCCGAAUACGAUCCAGAUAACAAUAUGGACUGGACACCGACGCAGCCGGAUCAGCUCAGCCUUCGCCAUCCGGCGUUCAGCCCUCCCCGAUCCUUCCAGAAGUCCACAUCCUUCUCCCCGCCCAACGCCGCAUAUAACCAAGCGCUCGGCGUCUCCUCUCCCAACCAAUCGUUCACAACUGUCGGCGCCUCGCAGUCCAACCCCCUCCUCGGAAGCAACCCAUACGAACCCUCCCCCUUCCGUGGUCCGCUUCCCGCCGCCCCGAUCCACCCCAACCACAAAGCGCGCAACCCUCUUCUCCGACAACAGUUCCGAAAAACGGGCGAGCAGACGCAGGAGCAGUUCUUGGGGCAGCUGAUGAGCAAUUUGGGGAGCUCGAAGCAAGUAUCGCCGCAGGGGGGAAAGAAGCGCGCGGAGAUGGUGCUGCAAAAACCGCAAUGGGUGAUGGAGGAGAAACCGAAGGAUACGGGGCUCGAGUCGUUGUUUGAUCGGGUGUUUACGAUUGGUGAUCACCCGGCGCACGCGGGUGGGGAACAGGCGGUGGUGGGGGCGGAAAAGGGACGGGCGAGUGGCCUGGGAGGUGGGCAGCAACGCUCAGUGAUGGAUUCCAUGACAGGAAUUGUGGUGUUUGGAUUACUUGCAGCGGUGUUAGGGUCCGCAGGAUGGGUGUGGAGUGUCUUUGGGUCAGGGGCCGGUUCAUCUAGCAUAGCCGUAGAGCAGUAA